ACGUCAGUCGUGUACGCGCGCGGCAUGGUCGCGGUCGUUCGUUGUCUGUUGCUUGUUGGUGUUCCGUGUCGUCCGUCCGUCGCAGUCCCGCGAUUUCGUACCAGAUUCGACGGCAUCGCAGUUCGCCCUAUAACCGCUGUUCAAGUCCGCCACCCGACGCGCGUACGCGGUCACUGCAGAGCCGCACGCGUCGUCUCGGCCCCGCGCGAUGUGGCGCACCGCGCUGCUAGCCGCCGCGGCCAUCGCGCUGGCGUUCGACAGGUUGGCCCAGGGCUCCAACACGUUCAUCGACGAGGAGACCAAUUUGUCCAGCGAAUUUUUUACGGAUGAAGGAGAACCAGCACCUAAUAUUGAAGAGUACAGUAGCAUUUCCAAUUAUGAUGACUACGAUAUGGAUGCAAAUUCCUCAGUAGCUUACGAAACUGAAAACAUUGACGUACCUUUACCGAAAGGAAAUAGAUCAAGCAUCAUGCAUUUCGUGCGACAGCUGAACAACGUGACAAGGGACUCGGGCAAAUCGGUGAAGCUUAACUGCGAGGUGACCGGCGAACCGCCACCGCUCCGGAUCCAGUGGUACAUGAACGAGGUACCGGUGGGCGGCGGCGUGGACGGCGGGAAUGGGGUGGGUGAGAAGAAGUCCAAGCCCCGGUUGACGGUCAAACGGUUCCAGUCCAGACACAAGAACGGACUCGGGUCCCGGUUACGGAUCAACAAGCUGGAGGUUCACGACACGGGAUUUUUCAAGUGCGAGGCCACCAACGGCAUCGAAAAGAUCCAGUCCACCGCCAUUCUAAUGGUCAAAAUCAAUCCUUUCAGUCACGAUGAAUCAAAUGUAGACAUACCACAUUUCGGAUUUUCAAACCAAUAUCCAGUUAUGCUAGAAGGGGAGACCAAAAUCGACGCUAAUCUUGGACUCAAUGAACAGCAAAGCCCUCUCGAGAGCAUCCCAGAGCUAAGCCAAGUACUUCACUACCCGAUAUGUCAAAUGUACCAAGGCUCACAUUGUACAAAGUAUUUGCAAGGAAAAAAUGUAUAUAUACCUGCCAAUACUUCUCAAGCUCUUAUUGAAGGAAACCUUACUUCAGCUUUUAAAGUUAUAUCACAUUCUAAUGAUAUGUCACCCGGCUGCAAUAAAUAUGCUCACAGUUCCAUUUGUCAUACUGCUUAUCCGUUAUGCAGAGAUGAUAGAACUACACCUAUGCCAAAACUUAUUUGUCAAGAGGACUGUGAACUAUUGGAAAAUGAUAUAUGUAGUCAAGAAUAUGCAAUUGCAAAAAAACAUCAUUUACUCGGUCGUGUAGUUCAUUUUCCCAGCUGUUCUUCAUUACCAAAAACUAAUUGUUUUGAACUUGGAAUUGAGAAACCAGAAGUUAAUGAAGAUGAGAAAUGUUAUUGGGGACUUGGAGUAUCAUAUAGAGGAACAACAUCAUCAUAUCAAAAUUUAACAUGUGUUCGAUGGAGUCAACAGUUUUUUGUAAAGACUUCUAGUUUUAAAGAACUUCAAGGUGGUCAUCGCUUUUGUCGUAACCCUGGAGCUGAAGAGAAUGAACCUUGGUGUGUCAUAGAAAUGCCAGAUACUGGACUCCUGAAAAAAGUGAUUUGUGAUGUUCCUCAUUGCAUGAGAACUCUUCAGUUACCAAUAUUCAUUGUAAGCACAGUUAGUAUUAGUUUGUUUAUUGUUCUAUUGGUAAUGGUAAUUUGCUGCAUUCGAAGAAAAAGAAAGCGACAAAAUUCAGCAAUACGACGAAGAUUACCACCUUAUGCAAAUCAAAAACAAGAUAUAGUUAAGGGUAAAACUAAUGGAUUAGAACUAUCAUCGUUAAUACCUGGAUCAAGUGCGUCAAGUCAAAAAUCAGAUAAAUACUCUAAAGUAAGACAGUACGCUUUGAAUGAAAUAACAUUUUUACAAGAAAUUGGCGAAGGUGCUUUUGGCAAAGUUUACAAAGGUCAAGUGCCUAAUGAUAUGGGUACUAUAAUUAUGGUGGCUAUUAAGACUUUAAAAGAAGGUGCUAGUGCAAAGACAGCAGCAGACUUUAAACGUGAAACAGAUUUAAUGGGAGAAUUAAGACAUCCUAAUGUUGUUUGCUUAGUGGGCAUGUGCUCACGACCAGCUUGUUUAUUGUUUGAAUACAUGGCAGGUGGUGACUUACAUGAAUUUCUUAUGGCUCGCUCACCACAUUCGCCUAAUUCUCCAAUAGCCCCACCAUUAAAUCAAGCAGAUUUCAUGUAUAUUGCUACACAGAUAGCUUCAGGUAUGGAAUAUUUAUGUGGCCAUCAUUAUGUACACAGAGAUUUAGCUGCUAGAAAUUGUCUGGUUGCUGAAAACCUUACAGUAAAAAUAUCGGACUUUGGUCUGUCUAGGGAUAUCUAUUCAUCUGACUAUUACCGAGUACAAUCAAAAUCAUUAUUACCUGUAAGAUGGAUGCCACCAGAAUCAAUUUUGUAUGGUAAAUUUACAACUGAAUCGGAUGUUUGGAGUUUUGGAGUUGUAUUAUGGGAAGUCUACAGUUAUGGUUUACAACCAUACUAUGGAUAUAGCAACCAAGAAGUAAUUGAAAUGAUUCGCUCACGACAACUACUACCGUGUCCACAAGAAUGUCCAUCACGAAUGUACUCAUUAAUGAUGGAAUGUUGGCAUGAAGCACCUGUACGGCGACCUAAUUUCACAGAAAUUCAUUCUCGACUCAGACAAUGGGCAGCCAUGUCUGUAUCGUCAGCACCCACCAUGACAUAUUCUAUGGUACGUCCAGGAAGUCAGUCUGAUCGUACAGGUUCAUCAAAUGUCUCGUCUACUUGUAGACCAGUAAAUAUAUAAGCUAUUAGAAUCUAUUCAAAUGUAGAUAUAUUCUUGUGUACAUAGAAUGAUAAAAUUUAUAACUAUUAGUUGAUUGUUUUAGUACAUUUAUUUUGUAAAUUUACAUCCU